GUCUGUUUCUGCCGUCCAAAUAGUUGUUUUUGUGACACGUCUGUCUUUCGCCUUCGCUGCGGUGUGUCUUGUUGCUUUUCCGUUUUUAAUUUUUUAAACAACGGCUCUCAUUUAUAAUAUAUUUCUUCCAAAUAAAUCAUAAAAUGAAAGAACUACAAUGUUUUCUAAUACUCAUAUUAGCCAUCACAUCUAUCUUCGCUCAAAGAGCAGUUCCCGGAGUUAAUCCACAACAUUACCAACAACAACAAUACCAACAACAGCAAGUGCCACCAGUACAAUAUGCUCAACAACAGCAAGGUCAUAUUCCACAAAUGCAACCUAUCCAACAACAGCAGCCGCAAAUGCAAAUGCAUCAACAACAGCAAAUGCCUAUUCAGCAGCAACCAAUGAUGCAACAACAGCCGCAAAUGCAACAGCAGCCAAUGAUGCAACAACCAAUCCAACAACAGCCUCAUCAACAACUCCAACAGCCACCGCCACCUCAACCCAUUCACAUACAACAACAACAUUUGGGUGGCCAUCAACCACACAGACCUCUCGACGCAGCUAACAUUCAAGGUGAAAAGGCACACAUUCAAGAUCACAUUGAAGUGCCUUUGGACACUAGCAAAAUGUCAGAGCAAGAACUUCAAUUCCAUUAUUUCAAAAUGCAUGACAACGAUCACAAUAACAUGCUCGAUGGAUGUGAAUUGAUUAAAUCAUUAAUUCAUUGGCAUGAAAAAGGCAGCAAAGAAGAUGCCCAUCAGCACGAAGGUGCUGCUGGUCAUCAAGAUAAAAUCUUCUCCGAUGAAGAAUUAAUUGCAUUGAUAGAUCCAAUAUUAGAAAUGGAUGAUACUGGUCGUGAUGGAUAUAUUGAUUAUCCAGAAUUUAUUAAAGCACAGCAAAAGGCUGCUGUUCAAACUAAGGCAGAGACAACACCUUAAGAAAAGCCUUGAAAUUCCAUUAUUUUUUGGUUGUCUAUAAAUUUUUUUUUUUUUUAUUAUUAUUUUUUUGUUUUAUACUUAAAUCAUUUUCCAAGAAAAUUUAUUAAAAAAGAAAAUAAGAGAAGAAGAAGAAAAAAAACCUUGAAUAUUUUUUAAUAA